AGUGAAAAUUUUAUUCUUUAUGUUUAACAAGUGCAAAGAAAAAAUUUUUUUCUCGAUUUUCAUCAUUUUUAAAAAGUAGGCGUCAGGUGUUUCUAAUUUACUAAAAUACGUAAGUUACUAAAAAGCAGUUUUGCUAACAGCUCGAAGAAAUUGGUGUCCGAGUGGCGUAGCAGGGUGAAUCAAAGAUAGCCUUUUUUAAAAGAAAAAUUGAUUUCAAGUGCGCUUUUGCUGAAUUAAAAAUCCUGGGGUGCGCAGGAAGCAGAGUAAAAGAUGGCGGACCCGAGCAGUGCAGAGGAACGUAUUCUAAAAAGGAAGGGAGGUAUAAUUCAUCUGUAAAGCCCAAAGAACAAGCAGAAAACAUGUUGGGUGUACCCUCCUUUCCUACGAAAGGAUCGCCCCAACGUCAAGGAAGUGGCCGUAACAAAAUUGCCUUAAAAAAGGGUAGAAGUUUAAUGGAUUGGGUCAAACUUGCGAAUAGUGGACAAGAUUUACAGGGUUUUAUGGGACGAACCAAUUCAGUUACUUUGGAUGAACUUCGAAAACAUAAUAAGGAAGAUGACUGUUGGAUGGCAAUAAGGGGGCGAGUUUAUAAUGUUACACAGUACAUGGAGUAUCAUCCUGGAGGAGUGGAUGAACUUAUGAGAGGAGCUGGUAUGGAUGCAACAGAUCUGUUUGAUGAGGUUCAUAAGUGGGUAAAUUAUAGUUCUAUGUUGGCAAAAUGUUACAUUGGUCCAUUACAAGUGAUGAGUACUUCUUCCAUUAAAAAGACAUCAUUAACUACAAACAAUGUUUUUCUUUCACCCGCUAGAUUGACAGCUACAAAACCAGCUGAAGUUAUUCCAAGAUAUGAUUGGUAUGAAAAGGAGAAUGAACUUUUUCUAUCUAUAUACACAAAAAGCAAGGUUGUUCAUCCAAGUGAUGUCAUUGUUGACUGCAGUGAUGGGAAAAAAUUGGACAUCAAAGUUUUAUUUGGCGAAAAAUAUUAUCGGAUACAUUUAGAUUUGACUGAACGCGUAGCCUCUGUUGCUAUUAAAGCUGUUACUGGAAAUAAAAUUGACAUUUUAUUGCAAAAACAAGACAGAAGCUAUAGCUGGAAACAACUGGGUGUUGGCUUAGAAGGCCACAACAAACUACACCAAGAGUCUCAAAGAGAGUUGAUUUUUAGAAGAUGUAAAAUAUUAUCGAUAUUAAAUGUGACGCACGAUAUCAAACUCUACCAGCUUGCAUUUCCUGAAAAUGUUCAAUAUGAAACACCAAUUGGUCACCAUGUGAUUGUGAAGGACACGGUUGAAGGCAUGGAGAUCUCCCGAAGUUACACUGUAGUCUCACCAAGCCUUAGAGAAUCUAUCGAAAACAAAUCUUUGUAUUUGAUGAUCAAACAUUAUCCUGAUGGAACUCUCACACCAAAUCUAAAAGCUUUAUGUGAAGGCGAUCACAUGGUUGUGAGUGAUAGCACUGGUAAUUUUAAAAGAUCGCGGUUAAAAGAUGCGGCGAAUGUAUACCUGAUUGCUGCAGGAACAGGCUUUACUCCAAUGAUUCGGCUGAUAAAUAUUUAUUUGCAUGGCGACGAAUUAAACAAUAGCAGUGGCGUCAAAUUACUUUUUGCAAACAAAACAGAAGAAGACAUCAUAUGGAAAGAUCAACUCGAUAAUUUAGCGCAAGAACUACCUGAUAGAUUUAGUGUACAGUAUAUCUUAAGCCGGCCAAGCGAAAAAUGGACAGGCUUGAAAGGAAGAGUAGAUAGAGAUUUGUUAAAAGAAUUUGCGACAAGUGAUUGGUCUGCUGUAUCUAAACAACAAAGUCCUGUCAUUCAAAGAGUGGAAGCUUCAUCUGGUUUGGACCAGUUGUUUGCUAUUUGUGGACCAGAUGAGUUUACUUCUACAGUAAAAAGUUUGUUAUUACAAUUGGAAAUAAAAGAAGAGAGUAUUCAUUGUUUUUUGGGUUGACUGGUUAGGAUAUGAUACCACGUGAUCUGAUACCAGUGAAAACGCUGUGAUGGACCUUCAUAUAGACACCAAAAUGAACGUCUGGAAACAUAUACAGUAUUGUGAGGGCACCAGAAGGGCACUUGUUUUCAGUCCGCGGUUUAAUACAUUCAGGCAAUGAAUAAGUUUGAAAAAUAGUGUUUUUAUGUGAAGUCACUUCGCUGAUGCAGCUUCUGUAUAAUAUGAUAGAUGUUUACUAGUAAAAACGUUUUUAACAACACGAACAUAAUAAAUUUUUAACAUUUUAUUUUUUUAAAUUAUGAACAGUAUUUAUUUUAUUAACUAGUACAAUUUUAAAAUUCAAAAAUAUUUCGAUAUGAUUUUCCGAAUUUUGUAGUGUGAAUAAUUUUAAUUCCCAAAAGAAAUUGUGUAAAACAGAGAUAAAGAUAAAGUGAACAGCACCCUUAAAUGUUAUGCAAUAACCUGUAAAAAACUAGUCGUUGCCCGUGGAAAAAUCCACUGAGCCGCCCGUCCUUUAUAUUUACCCGUCGCAACAAACUGGAUAAAAAUAUAUCGCAUUUAAUAUUCGUGUUUCCGUAACAUCAUUUUCUAACUCAGCGGGGGUUCCGCGCAGACAGACAGACGAUGGCUAUUAUUAUAGAGACAAGAGUUAUCAAAAUUGAAAUAAAGGCAGUCGAAUAUUCGAAUUAAUAUAGCUACACUUGUACAGGUUAUAGACUCGAUUACGUACUCACUGGACGUUUAGGGAGUCCUAAGUUGAACGUUAAUUCAACGUAAGGAGAGGCGGAGUCACAGAAUUUUUAGUUUCAGGGCGACACAAAUUUAUGGAUUUUUUUACGUUCAGAUACUAAAGGCGUCUUCUGAGGAUGUUUUAAAAUUUCAAUGCACUUUAAAUUUUAGGACUAAUAAAAGUAUAACAAUA